GGGAUAAGACUUGUGGGGUUGCGCGCAUGCUCAGAUGCACCUUUCAAUUCUCUUCCUGCAGAAAAAGUACACCUCAUCAAUAAGUUGGAACGAAGACGAGACCCAAGCAUCAGGGAACGUGAAGGACCAGGGAUACACGUGGCUGAAAGACAAAGCAGGCACGGAGGACGGCCGGAAGCAGCAGGCCAGAUUGCGGGAGCUGGCGCAGCUGGCUGAGCGCUUGGGAUGCUCGCUCACGCAGCUGUCGGUGGCCUGGAGCCUCAAGAAUGAGAAGCUCCACUGCGUCCUCGUCGGCGCCACCACCGUCGAGCAACUUCUCGAGAACAUCAAUUCUCUUCAGGUGUUGCCGAAACUCAAGUCUGAGCACAUUGAUGCACUGGAACGCAUCCUGGACAACAAGCCUAUUCGUCCCCGGGUGGUGUCCACCCUUGAGCAAAGAUGACAAGAGCUAGCGGCGCAGGGGGUCGAGGAAGAGAGUGAGGAGGUAGUGUGAACCAGCUUCUAAAACUCCUUUCUGUGCCAUCAUGUAAGAACUGCACCCCUGUGCCAGACACCAACGAACAAGACGACCAGAAUUUCCUAACAGAGGAACUAAAUUGUUGAUGACGCGUCAACACCGAAGUCUGCAGGACAGAUCAUCAGUUAACACGUGGAGCUGUAUAGCGAGAAGGCGUGAUAUUACCUCGUGACAAGAAGAAUGCAUGUGGAAUAAGUUCAACUUUUUACAUCAGACUUCAAUCAAAAUACAGCAUGAACGAAAUGCCAGAUUGUUCAAAUAUCUAUUUCAUGUAUAAUUUCCGAAAACGAAUUAAUAAUACAAGUCUCCGUACUGCAAGGAUAGGAGAUGAAUAUUCUAUGAUUACCGUAGAAUAACUGUACAUUGAGGUACCAAGUUAGCUUAUCUGUUGAACUUAAUAACAGUAAUAGAGUUUAUUCUUGAAGGUGAAAAUUAUGAAACUAUCCAGUAAAAUUCAGCAUACUUCUGACUUCUAGUUAUAACUUCUGAGCAUCAUACUCCUUCGUGAAUACAUAGUACACACGAAUGACACAAAGGCGAGAAUCCUUUGUUCUUUAUAAUGUGAUAUGGAAACAUAUUUUGUCUGAAACGGGCAGGUCAUUAGUAAAAACUUUACAUAGAACAUAUAACAGAAAAUUAUUUGUAUGAUUUAGAGUAAAUUUUGUUUAUACACUCACUCACUCACUCACUCACUCACUUACUUACUCACUCACUCACUCACUCACUCACUUAUUCGCUCACUCAUUCACUC